AUGGGACAGACAAAAAACCAAAACAUCCAGGUCUCUCAAUACGUCACCGUUUUGAACACAGUUGCAUUAUGGGAAGGAAAUGAUCGACACGAUCACCAUGGCGUCGCUCGACAACAAGUAGAAGCAGAAACCACUCGAAGAUUGAUUGUAAAUCAACAACAGCACCUGAUAAAUCACAAGUCAGAUUUGUCUUUCUCUGAUUCUUUCUCAUUUAGAAAGUCACCACGGAAAAAGAAAAAGACAGAAGAGGCAGACUCUCUACAUCGAAACUCGACUUUGUCAUUUAGUAAGUCUUGCCAGGCAGCCAAAGAAAAUAUUGACAGCGGUUGCGGUGUGUUGAAAAUGACUUCGAAAGACGAUUGCCAAGAUUUGAUCUUUGACAAGGAAAAUGAUGAUCUGAUCUUUGAGGGCCUGACUGCUGUGAUGAAGAAAGCAAUAUUAGAUAAUCCAAAAGUGUUAGAAUUCAUAACCAAGGUCCUUCCAACUUAUCCAGGUCUGGCCACAAUCAUGUUACCCAAUCAAGUGAUUGCCCUUUAUGGAAGCUGGAGUGUCAUAAAACAGGCUCGCCAACAGUUACUCAACUUAAGUGGUCUUCACGAGAAGGACACAUGUGAACCAUGUCACAAGGAGAAGAAAUCAUCAUCUUUGGUCAAAGAAGAAUCCCCGCCAGUAUUAUCACCUCAGAAAUAUCAUCCUCAUUUACCUGCUUUUAAUAAAGAACCUGGUGUGGUGACUCAGUCGAAAUCGCUGUCCACAGAGGACGGACUAACAAAAUCUGCAUUUUCUUCUUCCUCUUCCACUGCUGCCGCUGCUGACUCCUCCAGCAGUCACACCCAAAAGAAGAGUGACAAGACGAACGCAGCCCCAAUUCGAAUCAAUUCCUCUGAUUCUGAUUUCAGUUUGCCUUCUCCCGUUGCAGACUCGGCUGAGGAAUUAGAUCUAUCGGCUGUGGUGUUUCACACAGCUCCCUUAAAAAGUCUAGCUAGAACUGAGCAAAUGCCUUUCCCUUCAGCUGUUAACGGCAACAUAGAUUCUGACACUGAUUCAGAAAACCUCUCUACAACAUCUUCCCAGGUGACGUCCUCGCAGAUGACACCCAGGCCGAAACGUUCAUGCACAGUGGUCAAAGCCCCUUAUAAGAUAGAGGAUGAAAAAGAUGGAGUACAAGUCAGCCGACUGAUUAAACGAAAGACAAAGAACAGAAACGUGCAUAUUAUGAAGAAACGGAAAGGAUUAGCCACCUGGAAUGGAAAGACAAUCCGAGGACGAUCCCAAAGAAGAAAAUCCAAGUUCCCAAAUUCUUAUCACACAAACCGGUUGUUGCGAAAACAACCUGGCCGAAGCAUUACUGCCAAAAGACAUGAUAGUGGAGGAGGUAGUGAGGUAGAAGAAGGAGAAGAUGAGGAGGAGGCAGAGGAAGAAGAGGAGGAAGAGGAAGAAGUAGUUGUAGAUGACAACGAAGAUGACGACGACGAUGAUGAUGAUGACGAUGAUGACGACGAUUGGGCCACUUGUGCUGCAGCUAGUUGUUCCCUGAAGGAUCGCAGGGAUGUGACUGACAUUGUAUGGCUGCAGUGUGAGGGUUGUGACACUUGGUGGCACUGCCUGUGUGCACGUCUCGGUGACCUCACGGAGGACGAAGCCAGCAGUCUUGAUUUUACUUGUUCCUAUUGCUUGGCUCCAAAAACCCGGCAGAGUACCAAACGGAAUAAAGUUUCCUGA